AUGAAUUAUUGUAAAAAAUUUACGUCUUCUUUUCCUUAUUCUUUUACACGGCACAAACCGAACUUGUCCGUGCCGAACUUCUAUUACAACUCCACAUUUAAACAAUAUCAAUUACGAAAUAAUCAUUCCAAUUAUAUGCGAAAGUAUGCCCAGAAGCUUCAGAACAAAGCAAAAAGUGAGGGGUUUUCCUCUGUUGAAGAGCUGAAAACCGCGAAGUUAAAUGUGAAGCCCGAGAUUUUAUCGAAUUUGGACGUAACAACUCCGGCGGAAUCAUUAACGCGACGAAAUGCAAAGCCGGGUUUACCACCAAAUGUAAAAUCUCUUGAUAAAAUAUUAAACAUGGACAAGAUAAUUGAUCAGAGUCCGGAGAUUAUUGGGAAUUUGUGGACCGAGUAUUAUUCCACGAAAAGUUGUUUGUCCGCCGUAAUUCCUGCCGAAACGUACAAAACUUUGUUUGAACGCGGACAGCAAUAUCCAAUGUUUAUUGCGCCACUACCUCAAAACAUCGGUUUAGACUUCUAUAUCCUUCAAUUUCAAUUUCACCAAUGCUACUUUACCUCACUCUUGGAAUAUAAAACACAUGGAUCAGAAGCCAGGCAAUAUCUGGCAUUGACACACUUUCCAGAUCUUAUGGAUUCCAAGGGCAUUGUGUUAAUGCAUGGCGAGCUGCUCGAACCAAAAUUACUUUCUUUGGCCAAUGCACAGUAUCUCACAUAUUUCAUGCAAAAGUUUUAUGUAACAGGAACGGAAGAAGAGCGAGCUCUGGUGGAAAGGUUUCAUAAAGAACCGGAUAGGUUCGACUACAAUGAGCUACUAAAAGGAAUGAAUGCCUAA